CCGCCUCAUGGCCUCGACCAUCGUGAACGCCCGGUGGGGGGAGCGGUCCCGGCGCCGGGGGCCCGCGGUCGUUCGUCGCCGAAGAAAGUCGUCUUCGAUCCGCGAGCCGUCGGCCCCGCCCCGCGUUCCGACGACCACCCAUCUUUCCACUCGACGACGAGGUUGCUCGCUCCGGAGACGAAGUCCCGAUCGCAUCGAUUCCCCCGCAGAUUCAACCAUGCACCUCAUCCGCGCGAUCGCCUUCGCGGCGGCGGCGGCGGCGGGGCGCGUCACGCUGGACACGCCCGCCGGCAGGCCCGCCGGCAAGCCCGCCGGCAAGCCCGCCGGCAAGCCAGCCGGCAAGCCCGCCGGCAGGCCCGCCGGCAAGCCCGCCGGCAAGCCCUCCGGCAAGCCCGCCGGCAGGCCCGCCGGCAAGCCCGCCGGCAAGCGAGACAUGUCGAACACGUCAUGGUGGCGCCUCGCGCUGGCGGCGCCGGCGAUCUCGCCCGACUUUGCCCUCGUGUCGAAGCACGUCUGCGAGCGCGGAUCGACGUUUGCUCCAUCCGACUUGAAUCACUACUUUCCGAGCAAGUGUCGAAAAAAAAUUCAUCACACACACACUCCAACCGACGGCCUCGGCCACGUCGGACGCGCCGUCGUCGAAAAGAUCGCCGACCGCCGCGGGCCGCCGGGCGCGCGCUACUUCCAGGAGUACGUGGGUCACAGUGGCGCCUACCUGCGCGACGUCGACGGCCUCUACGACGGCUUCGCACCGUCGCUCUACUGCCACGAACGAGAUUGGGUCAGGUCACAGUGUAAACUGUGCCGCUGGCCCACGGGCGACGCGGUGUUCCGGGACCACUUCGAGUGCUUCGUCGCGCCGCCGUUCGACGAGUGGUUCGGCUUCGACGCGCUCCCGCCGGCGGACGACCCCGCGUGGGAGAGGCGCGCGGUCGCCGAGGCCUACGCGGCCGUCGACCACGACGCCUUCGUCGACUGCGGCGCGGCCGACGGCGAGCUCCGCGUCGUCGUCCACGUGCGCCUCGGCGACCUGAUCCACCCCGAUCUAUCCGUGAACGCCUCCGCGACGGCCCUCGCCUCGAUCUCGAUGAGGAGCCAGGGCGGGCACCUGCGGAACGCGCUCCGCGUCGUCGCGGAGUUGCGAGCGCGGCUCCCGGGGCGCCGCGUCCACACGCUCAUCCUGAGCGACUCGCCGCCGGAGACCGUCGCGGCGAGCCUCGAGGGUUUGGACGUCGGGAUACACGUCGGCGGCGCGCGGGGCGACGGCGCGUCGCACCUCGUCGACGGCCGCACGGCCGGCCUCGAAACCGACUUCGACGUGAGUUUCCACGGCGCGGGCAACCCGCUCGUCGCGCUCCACUGCAUGGCGGCCGCGGACCUGCUCCUCUGGCCCGAGGAGUGCGGGACCCCCGGAAAAGAAAAAUCAAACGAAAAAAACAACAAACAAAGAAAAAAAAGAAAAAAGGUGGCGUGAUCGACUGGGACGACUUGUCGCGGGGGGGCGGGCCGAAUGCGAAUUUCGAGCGGUCAGCCACAUGGUCUUGUUCGCGAGCGAGCUGUCGCUGCGGGGCGUAUUCCGCGGACUUCCGGUGGAGCCGCUCGACGCGACGGCCGUCGACGCCGGCGUCGAGGCGCUCCUCGGCAGCGGCGCGCUCGUUUGAUUCCGCCGGCGUGG